CCUAUGAACUUUGGAAGGGGAAGAAGCCAAAUAUAAGUUACUUUCAUGCCUUUGGAAGUCCUUGCUUCAUCUUAAACACAAAAAAGUCAACUAGGAAAGUUUAAACCCAAAUCAGAUCUAGCCACUUGUAUAGGGUAUUCGACCAGAAGCAAAGCUUACAGGGUCUUUAAUAGAAUGGUAAAUACAAUUUAAUAUCCAAACCUUUCAUUUUAAACAAUAUAAUAGCCAAAUCUUUUCGAAAACAAUUUAAUAUCCAAAUCGUCAACUUUCUGCUGUUUGACCGUUAGUUGACACUUAAAAAAAGUUUGAAGUACGACACUUCAUCGAUAUCCAUCGAUAUCUUCUCUGAAAAACCACCAACAUAUCGUAGUUCCAAACCCGAGAAGUCCAUGACUCCACCAUGAUGGUAUAGAAUAUCUAAAUAUUCAGUCAUCUGUAAUGUCAAAACAAGAAAACAAAGUUGUAUUGUGACAAUUUCCCCUAAACAAAGCUUUCUUGAAGUGUCAACUAACGGUCAAACGAACGGAAAGUUGACGAUUUGGAUAUUAGAUUGUUUUCGAAAAGGUUUGGCUAUUAUAUUGUUUAAAAUAAAAAAUUUAGAUAUUAAAUUGUAUUUACCCUUAAUAGAAAGACCAACAAAAUUGAGCAGUCUAUUCGUAUAAAAUUUGAUGGAAGUCCACAUCAAACCGAGGAGGAUCCAUUUGCAAUACAACCUCUUUUCACAAUAACAGAGUCUACCUCCCAAAAUCUAGAACCAACAACUCCAAUUUCUGAUGAACCUAUUGAAACUAAACAAACAUCUCAUCAUGCACCUGCUCAUAUACAAAAAACGCAUCCACCUUCCCUAAUCAUAGGUGACCAUGAUGCCCUACUAGUUACUCGAUCUAAAGCAAAAAAAUCUUCUACUCUUAUCUCUAUUCACUAUUCUGUCCCAAAUAGAACCUAAAAACAUUAAAGAAACUCUAUUAUAUGAAUAGUGGAAUCUAGCUAUGCAAGAAGAACUCAACUAGUUCAAACGAGCCCAGGUUUGGGAUCUUGUACCUUGACCCGAAGACUGGCUAGUUAUUGAAGUCGGUUUUUAGAAAACAUAUAUGAUGAAUCAGGAAAAAACAUUAGAAAUAAAGCUCGUUUAGUUUCCAAUGGCUAUGAUCAAGAACAGAAAAUAGAUUUUGAAGAAACCUUCACUCUAGUAGCCAGGAUAAAAGCAAUUACGUUGCUUUGUGCAUUUGCUAGUACAAACAAAAUCAAGCUAUAUCAAAUGGAUGUCAAAAGUGCAUUUACAACAUGGUUUUCUAAAUCAAGAUGUUUAUGUAGAACAACCUCCUGGUUUUGAAAAUACUUUCUUUCCUAAUCAUGUUUACAAACAUAAAAAGGCUCUUUAUUGCCUAAAACAAGCUCUUAGGGCCUGGUAUGAGAGAUUAAGUACUUUUCUAUUAAAAAUAACUUCACUAGAGGACCAAUAGACUCUAGUCUUUUUCCUAUUAUUCUUCCUAAGGUCUCCUAAUUGUUUAAAUCUACGUGGAUGGCAUAGAUUUUGGGGCCACAUAAGAAAACCUUUGCACUGAAUUUUGCAAUCUCAUGCAGGGUACCUUGGAAAUGAGUAUGAUGGGAGAACUAACUUUCUUCUUAGGUCUCCAAAUUCAUCCAACUCCAGCUAUAAUUUUGAUAAAUCAAAGCAAGUAUGUCCUUCCUUGCUAGCAAAGUAUAAAAUGUCCAACCAAACCCUAAAAAUCUCCCAUUGUCACUUCUCUUCAUCUAGAUCUUGAUGAACUUGGUGCCUCAGCUAGUGACACUCUCUAUCGAGGUCUCAUUGGAUCUUAGCUUUACGUAGCAUCUAGAAAACCAGACAUCAUGUUCAGUGUAUGUCUAUGUGCUAGGUUGCAAGCCAAUCCCAAGAAAUCCCAUCUAACAACAACAAAAAGAAUUCUUUGUUAUCUUGUCAUACUCCUACCUUAGAAAUUUGACAUCCUUCAUCUAAUUCCCUAGAACUUAUAGGAUAUUCAGACUCUAACUUCGCCAAAAACGAAACUUAUAGAAGUACCUCCAGCGAGUGUCAAUUCCUCCGAGAGUCACAUGUCUCUUGGUCUUCCAAGAAACAUGUAUGUGUUGCUUUGUCUACAAACAAAGUUAAAUAUCUUGUUGCACACAACUUUUUUGGCUCAAACAACAAUUCCAGGACUAUGGACUCUCUAUUUCCAAUCAGCUAAUCCUCUGUAUUAAUUCCAGUGCCAUAAGCAUGAGCAAAAAUCCAGUGCAUCACUCUAGGAACUAAGCAUAUUGUGAUAAAAUAUCAUUUCCUUCGCGAUUUAGUUCAAACUGGAAUUGUUUCCAUUUCACAUAUUCCUGCAGAUAGAUGAUACUAAACCCCUAGGUUUUGAUGGUUUCACUUUUCUUAGCCAAGAAUUAGGGAUGAUUGACGGUGCUACUCUCCUCUCCACAUAACCUCUAUUGGGUUUCCCUAGCAAUAUAUUUUUCUUUCCUUUUCUUGUUAUUUUCUCGCUCCAUAAAUACCCUCUACCUGUUCUUUCUCUUGUUAUCUCGCAAGCAUCGCCUCUUUCGUCGCCUUUUUGUCUUCAUCUUUCCUUAUAAUGGCUGGUUUAAAUGCUAUUCUUACUUAUUCAAAUGCUGAAUGUAAUUUCUUCAUCAGUAAAGGAGAUUACCAGACCGCCUCCAGUAUGAUUCCCGUUAUCAGUGAGUAUAGGCUUCCUCCCUUAUCAUCCUUUCUAGAUGAGGUUUCCUCUCGCAUCGCUAAUCUUCGCUGGGAAGGAUUCUUUAAUCUUCGAGUACCUCAUUCUUUGGCCUUCUGUCCAUUGGUUUUUUGGAAGUUGGAGGAAACUUCAAGCCACACUCAUCUUGAUUUUAACUCGAAUUGGGAGGAAAAAAUUGAUGAAGACUAAACCUUCGUUCUUGGAAGAGAAGGAACCUGUACAUCUUCCUCUACAACAAUGAAAGAAGAGCAAGGAGUAGCAAUCUCACCCACUCUAAGCAAGGAUUCUCUAUGCAUAAAAGAACCAAGCUUUGAAGUGAAUGGACCCCUUCAAGAUCCCCUUACAUCAUCUCUUCAAGAAUCUGCACAAACCUUGGAAAACAAGAACCUUGAGGAAGUAAGGGCAGAGAAUGAAGAGUUCACCAUUUACAAGGACACACUUAGUCAAAAAAUGGAGGAUGACAUACCCGAAGUUGGAGACCAUGAAGAAAAUUUCAAAAUCUUGAUAAAAAUCCAUCAUAGAGUCGAGUCAAAUCUCAAUCGACUAUUUGAUGAGGAUCCCUUUGCUGCAUUUCUAGAGAGCCAUGAGGCUGUACCAUCUUAUCUAAUCCAAAUAGGGGAAUACAUGAGUUCCUCUUUGUAUAGUUACCUCUACCAUAUGCAUAAUAUUCAAAAAUCAAAGUGGAUCUUUUUCCUUUGGCAUUAAUUUAGAGAGUUACUGGAUCUUUUUCCGACCAACUUCUGAUAUCAUUCUCAACUUGUUUCGGUCCUCUUUUGAUAUUGAUCCAGAGCUUCAUGUCAUGACUUGUAGAAAAUCUUCCAUGCAACCUUUCCAAAAGGCAUAACUAUUUUCGUCAAGUUUUGGUGGUUUUGUUGUAGAUUGUCCUCAACUUGCGUGAUUAGAUGCAGAUGAUUCAUUAAUCUUGCUAAGGAACUCAUAGCUUUCAUUUUGGAUCUUGCUCCUCAUUAGAGACCUUCUCGGAUACCAAUUGUAGGAUACGUGUUGCACACAAAUAUACUUAUAAAAUAAGAUGAACCAACACAAAUAAUAUGAAACAAUUGAUUUCGUCUUGACUUGCAACAAAGUGCAAGUGUUUAACGAGAUAGGUAUUGAGCAUAAUCAAAUCGUCUUUAACCUCCAAGAGAUUGUUCCUGUUAAGAAUCACACAAACAAUAGAGAGGAAUAGGAAGAGAGACACACGUAUGAUGUUUUGUUAACUGAGUUCAGUUUAUUGCUUUACGCCACGGCUCGAAGGUGGCUUACCCUUUGAGACCUAGUGUCUAGGUUUUUAUCUUAUUCCAAUCUAACUCCAAGUUGAGCUCCAUUGUGUGGAACUCAGAACCUUGACAAGAAUAGAGCAAAUACCCAUUUGUCUCUUCCUCACAAGCACUCAAGCUAAAUAGAGAGACUACACAAACCUCACAAUCACUCAAGCAAUACAGACAAUGAACCUCUAUCAUCUCUGAACCCUAUUGCUAAUCACACAGUGUUUGAUCUUGUUUUGUGUAGGAUUACUCUGCCACAUUCAGCGAGGCUUGUCUUGUUGCUUCCUUGUAUUUAUAGUUUCUUAAUGCAACAAUCUUCUUUUGAUCUUCACUUGAUUAUGGAGAUUCUCAAUGCAACAAUCUUCUAUUGAUCUUCACUUGAUUACGAAUCAUAUAUUCACAGACAUGGUAGGUAAUUUUACCUUAGCGGAAAGGGAAAGCUUUUCCUCAACAAUAUCCCAUGUAUAACUAGAUCUUGAGUCUUAGUUUUAAGUGAUGUCAUAUCUAAGAGAUGAGAAUUAAUGAUAUUUUUUCUUUACUUUUCUCAAUUGGUUUUUAUCUUCUUUUUCUAACUUGGAUUUGGUUUUACACAAAUGGAACAGGUUGUGUUCUACAAAAUGAUAUCCAUUUUCAAUAUUAUUUUUUUCAUACCACUCGUUACCACUGUAUCAUCACUUGGUAUUAUCUUCGUUUUUAACUCAAAUUUUGAAAAAAAAAUUGUCCAAAGGGAAUAAGUUCAUCAUGAUCUCUCAAAUCUACAAAUUUUCAGGAUUAAAAAUCACCUUACACCACCCUGGUAUAGGGUGGUAACUGGUGGUAGACAAUGAUGAAUGAUGGUUAGUAUAUUUCUACUAUCAUGUAUGCUAUCAUUAUACACUCUAAUAUGUUCAUACCAUCAUGAUACACUUUCAUAUCACGUGGUAUAAUCUUAGUACACCCAAACAUCACCACAUGGUAUGGAUAGGUAAAAAUAGUCUCAAUUUUGUUGUUCCAAAAUAUAUCAAAGUGAAUGUCAUUUUGAAAAUCACUAUUAAUAUGAUUUUUCAUUGCAAAAUAAAUUAAAUUAUGACUUAAAACAAAAGAGAAAUAACCAGUCAAAAUUAAUUGGGGAAAGGUUAGAGGCAUUCCAUAAAAUGUAAUUGAAGGGUUAUGCAUGGUUAGGCACCCUAAUUAUGCCCUCUAAUAAGGCAAUAGAUUCUAU